AUGGUUGAGGACAUCGACACUUUCCUCCAAUUUCCAUGGGGAAAGUUGUCCUUCAGAGCAACCCUGAAGGGUUUGAAUAGGGACCUGAAACACUUUAGGUCGAUAUAUCUGGACAAGAAGAAAGCCACGGGGAAGAAGAAAAGGAGGAAUAAUGAAAAGAUUGAAGAUGUAGUUCCUCCCAAACCUGACAUGAGAAAGAGAAGACAAAUUACUCACCCCAACACCUCUUCUUCUGUUCCUGCCAAACCUUCCACGAGGAGAAGAACCUGUAUCCCUACCCCCAUCCCUAACAACUCUUAUUUUGUCGAGAGCGCCACCGGGACUCAAGAAGAUGAUGAUGGCUCUCAAAUGACUCUAGCAUCAAUUGAUCCCCAGGAUGACGAUGGCCCUCAAAUGACUCCAAAAUCAACAGCUCUCCAUGAUGAAUGUAGAUUGGAUCAACUGACGAAGGAGGUAAAUGAACUAAAUCUCAUAAAAGAGAUGUUGAACCAAUUACAAGAGCAGUUUGGUUCGAGCUUUUUGUCUAAUUUUUUGUACAAUUCACAUAAGAUUGAGGAGGAAGAUGUGGAUGUGCUUGUGGAGAAGAAUAAGAAAAAGAAGAAGAAUGUGGUGGAGAUCUUGGAUGUGGUGGUGGAGAAGAAGAAGAACGACAAGAAGAAGUUGGUGGAGAUCUUGGAUAUGGUGGUGGAGAAGGAUGAAGAAGACAAAGAGAAGAUUGAGGAAGACAAUGAUGAGGAUGUGGAGAAGGUGAAUGAGGAAGACAAGGAUGAUGAUCUGGUCAUUGAGGAAGAUUUGAAGAAGGUGAAUGUGUUGAUUGAGGAUCUGGUGAAAGAGAUGGUGGAGGAAGUUGUGAUGAAUGGUGAGAAGAUUGAGAAAUUGAAUGAGAAUGUUGAGGAUGUGGUGGAUAAGGUGAAUGAGAUGGUGGAGGAAGAUGUGAUGAUUGAUGAGAAGAUUGAGAAGUUUAAUGAGAAGAUUGAGGAUGUGGAGGAGGAUGUGCAGAAGUUGAAUGGUGUGGUGGAUAAGGUGAAUGAUAAGGUAGAGGAGGAUAUGAUGAAUGUACAUAAUGUGGAAGAUGUGCAUAAUGUGGAGGAUGUGCAGAAUGUGGAGAAUGAUGUGGAUGAUGUGCAAAAUGUAGAGAAUGUGGAUGAUGUGCAGAAGUUGAAUGAUGUGGAGGAGGAUAUGAUGAAUGAUGAGAAGAUUGAGAAGUUUAAUGAGGAUGUGGAGAAGGUGAAUGAUGUGGUGGUUAAGGUAAAUGAGAUGGUAGAGGAAAAUGUGGAUGAGGAUGUGGAGAAGGUGAAUGAUGUGGUGGUUAAGGUAAAUGAGAUGGUGGAGGAAAAUGUGGAUGAGGAUGUGGAGAAGGUGAAUGAUGUGGUGGAUAAGGUGAAUCAGACGGUGGAGGAGGAUGUGAUGAAUGAUAAGAUUGAGAUUGAGGAUGUGGUGGAUAAGUUGAAUAAUAAAGACAAGGAUGAGGAUGUGGUUAUCAAGGAUGAGCCUCUUUGGGUUGUAAUUUGCACCCAAGAAGGAUCUACUGUCCGUUUAGGAUCGAAAGGGAGAGUUGUUGCAGACCUAGGACCAAGGAUUGCUACAUCAGGACCGACACUUUCUGCACCUGGCGACCGAGGACCGCUAUUUCUUGCUACUGCAGUUCGAAGACCAGUGUUUGCUGCACUUGGAGACCAAAGACCAACGUUUUAUGUACUUGGAGAUCGAAGACCGACAUUUGCUGCACUUGGAGGGCGAAGACUGACAUUUUAUACACUUGGAGACUGA